CAACUUUUGUUUCAAUGCGAUCCCGGAAUUCAUACAUGUUACCGAUUUGGAGGUUUCACCUUUUCCUGCGAGCGAAAAAAGUUACAAACCGCCAAUGAAAGUGCAAAAACAAAAGAAAAAUCAAAAAGCAAAAAUUAAAACAAAACUCUACACAAGUAGAAGAAAGUCAAUAAGUAGCAAAAAACGUGAAAAGUGAAAAGUAAUAAUAGCAGUCAACUCGUCCAGUACUCAUACAAACAUACGUACAUACAAAUGUUCAUAUAACCUGCUGUGAGAUCGAAGAUUGAAGUACCAUUUAGUGUUGACACUUAACCCCAACGCUAAACCUUUAUUUUUAUUUCAUAUGCGAAGUGAAGCCACUUUUGACUUUUAUAGCGAUUGUGAUAGAAAUAAAAUAUUUGUGAAACUUAUUGCUGAUACUUCCUUGCGCCUCAUAGCCGACACACUAAGCACCGCGGCAGUAGCUGCAACAAAAGCUGCUGUUAGCCAAGCAAAGUGUGUUGGCUGCCACUUAUACGGGUAGAAUUCGUUACGCGCUGCAUAUUAAAAAAGUCCAAUAUGUCAUUCUGCGUCAUCUUGACCACUCGCCUUAAUCACAUACUGAGCGCGUUUAACUAGCAACGGACAUCAACGGCAUCAAUCGCAGCAUCUUCAAAACGCGCACGCGUUAUGGCAGUCACCAUCGUUGGUUGCAACAUCGUUGAAUCGUUGUUGGUGUUGCUGCUAAGUGCAUUGUGUUGCUGGCAGUUGGAGUUGCAGCUGCGAGGAUCCACGUUUAUGGUUGCGGCGUUUAUUAACGUGCGUCAAACGCGCGAUAUCAUCAUUACAGAUGCGGUUAAACGCAUACGUCGCGACGGCUAUCCGGUGGAGAAGCAUCAUGUGCUAACAAAAGAUGGCUAUGCGCUCACACUACACCGCAUCCCGCAAUACAACACGUCCACAACGAUGUCGUCGGCAAGUGGCACACAUACGCGUCGACCAGUCGUUUUCCUGUUAGCCGGAAUUUACGCCUCCUCGGACGCUUGGCUACUCAAUGGUCGCGAGAACUCAUUACCAUAUCUGUUGUGGCGUCAAGGCUACGACAUUUGGCUGGGCAACAAUCGCGGCAAUAUUUACACGCGGCGAAACGUGUGGUACAACGCGACUGAACGCGAAUUCUGGAACUUUAGCUGGCAUGAGAUGAGCAUUUUCGAUAUGCCUGCUAUGGUAGACUACAUUCUGCAGUGUACGGGUGAGGCGAAGAUGCAUUUUGUGGGCAUCUCACAGGGUGGCACCGUCUUUCUGGUAUUGAACUCAAUGUUGCCGCAAUACAAUGCUGUCUUCAAGACGUCACAUCUGCUGGCACCGGUGGCGUAUGUGAGCAAUACUAAAGGCGGGCUGGCUAAGAUCUUCGGCCCCAUAUUGGGCACACGAAACUAUGUAGCCAAAGUGUUGGAGGGCAUGGAAAUGGUGUCUACCAACAAGUUUGUGAAAAAGUUCCUCUCAUCGCUUUGUUUCGAAAACGAGCGACCCAUGGUGUGUGUCAGCCGCCUUUGGCCAGCGGUAGGCUAUGACACGCAACAUCUCAACAAGACUUUGCUGCCCGAUAUAAUGGCCAACUUUCCGGUGGGUGGCUCCUUUAAGCAAAUUAUGCACUACUUUCAAGGCUACAUCUCGUCGAAAUUUCGCCAAUACGACUACGGACCAGAGAAGAAUUGGCUGAUGUACAAUCAACUGGAACCACCCGACUACAAGCUGGAGCUAAUUACGGCGCCGGUAACAAUUUUCUAUGCUGAGAACGACUACAUCGUUUCGGUGGAGGAUAUUUGGCGGCUGCUGAUGCGCUUGCGCAACCUUCAGGCCGUCUACAAGAUUCCCCGAAAACGUUGGAAUCACUUCGAUUUCAUUUGUGGCUUGGGCGUGCGUGAUUUUAUAUUUGAUAAAAUCAUCAGGGCUGCAAACUAUUACGAAUACACCUACAGUUGA